AUGUCAAGCACAAGCGGUAACACGUCGAAUAACAACCUACCCCGACGGAACAGCCAGAGACGAGUGAGGUUCGCUGAAGAAAACACAAUCUAUCUGCAGGAAAUGGUGGAAGACGGAGGAUCGAACGGUCGCCGUGAAACGCCACAUCUUCAGAACGAAGGGCAACCUUAUGCAAGCUCGUCGGAAGCUCAAUCCCGGCUUGUGUCUCCUACGACGGGCAAUAGGGGCUACAGCGAAGCACCACAAUCUCAACACAGGGAUCAAUCCUAUGGAAGGUCAUUGCAUACUCGAGACGAAUCAACUAGCGCACUGAGCAACAGUGCUAACCGACCAAUUCCAAGAACUUCGUGGAAACCUUUGGGCUACCCUAACCAGUUCGUCAGAAACAGCGCCACCAAUUUCCCUCUAGCACCAGAAGGGGUGAAUGUCGUCUCCCUCCCCAGCACUGAUGAGAACAUUACAGAGAAUGAAAGUCCGGGAUCAUGGCAAAGUGGAGCUGUUCCCUACCAGCCAAGCCCAAUGGAAAUUUCCAGCCAACCAACUCCGAACACUCCUUGGACGUUGACAAGCUCUCCGCCUUCUCUGGAAAGAGUGGACAUCGCUUCGUCAAUCACUAAAGAUAGUGAUAGUCCGAAACCGCGGCAAAGUCGCGCUCCUCUGCACCAGGCAAGUUCGACGCCUCAGUCGGGGACUUUCAACCAACCGCCACUGCUCCCGCAGACUCCUUCAACGUUGAUAGUUUCUUUGCCAGACGUUAACGACGAGGAGAAGAUGGAUGAAGAGGGGGAGCAGGAGCAGGAGCAGCAGCAGCAGCAGGAGGAAGGUUCGCAGAAGGAAACACUGUCACCAGAUUCCGCGGAUGGAGCUUAA